GGUGUCUUGUAGCGCGAAGUUUCCACCAUGCUGACAUCUGUAUAAAACAGAUACUGCUACGGAGUACGUUUCUUUCUGUCCACAGCAAUGUUGCGUUCGUUGGAUGGCUAAGUAAUGUCUCUGAAAUAAAAUCAAGAUGUAAGAAGGUCUGAAUCUGUCGGUAAACAGUUCCCUCAGUAGUACGAUCAAACUCAGGUCCUGCAAAGCUUUGAUGAGAUUCAUUGCAUCCGGACUCCACUUGCAGCAGUCCCAUCCCCCAACCUGUAGCUGCACGCACUGCUUCUUGACAUGCUCGAGCCUCGGCAGCUGCAAGAAGAGAAGUCAGAGAGUGAUUUCGCUGCAGUCCAGAUAAAAGAAAAGAAAAGGGAAUUCGGAAAAGAGGAAGCUCCGGCCGUGCCUAGCUUCUUCGAUCAACGGCCAGCGACACCGCUUCCGCGUCAGUCGACGGCCUGCCGGCGCUCGCGCUUCCUUGGAUUCGUAUAUGUUUGGCCGCCUCCGUCGACUCGCCGCCGUCAACCACAAAGAAUCGUCCGCGCCGCGCGCGCGCGCCUCCAUUGCUGACGGCUGAUGUUUUCAAGACAUUCAGUCAGAACCUCCGUCAGUUCUUCAACCUCAGAGCACCAUCUAUCAAGUGACGAGCUGUGAAGGGUUCCUGUUCGUUCACACUUCACGAUGGAGGCGGUUAUUUCUGGAGUUCUUGGUGAAUUUGUCAGCAGAACCAUAUCCUUCGUGGCUAAGAAGUGCCGUGAGCAGACAACCGCGAAGGAGGAUCUGCAGAGGCUGCUCCAGCUGCUUCUGAGAAUAUCUACUGUCGUCGAGGAGGCUGAAGGACGGCGCAUUGAAAAUCGAGCUAUGGUCCGUCAGAUUAGUACCAUGAGAGAGCAAAUGUUCAGAGGGUACUACCUCCUCGACGCCUUCAGGUGCAGAGAGAGGAAUACCAAUCAUGACGAGGUUAGUCACAUGUCGUUUGCUCAAUCCAAAUUUAACCCCGCUAAGCGCUUGCGCCGCCUAGUUAGCGACACUCAGAUUGAGGGCACGGUAAUUGGUAGAGAAAACAGUAAGGAGUUGAAACAGGCUGUUCUUGUCCUAGAAAACAUGGUUGCUGAUAUGGAGGAGUUUGUUAUAUUUCUGAUGAGCUACCCUCGGAUGUACCGCCAACCUUAUGGCGCAUAUUUAUAUUUGCACAAGUAUAUGUUUGGCCGCCAAAUGGAGAGGGAGCAAGCUGUCAGAUUUUUGCUACAAGCUGAGCCUGGUGGAAAUUUGGGUGUCCUUCCAAUUGUUGGCCCUGGACAUACUGGGAAGAGUACUCUUGUGGAACAUGUUUGUCUCGAUGAUCGUGUGCGAGAUCAUUUCUCCUUGAUCUUGCUCUAUAGCGGCAACGACCUUAAAGAUGAAGUGGCGACGAAUUUUAGAGAUCAUUGUGUGAUCAAGCAUCAAAAUAUAGCUUCGGGUGAAGAAAGGUCGUUGGUUGUCAUUGAGCUCUUAGGCGAUGUGGACGAAGGGGCAUGGAAAAGGCUGCUGCACUCUGCUGAAAGAUUCAUGGUACAUGGGAGCAAAAUCAUAAUCACCAGCCAAUCGGAGAAGAUGGUCAGUGUUGGAACAACAGAAGCUCUCAUGCUAAAUUGGUUGUCUAAAGAAGCCUUUUGGUAUUUCUUCAAGAUGCUCGUCUUUGGUAGCACAGAUCCAGAGGAUCACCCGAAGUUAACAUCCAUAGCAAUGGAGUUGGCCGGUGAGAUGGGCGGAUCUUUCAUGUUCGCAUAUGUUGUUGCCACCUUACUGAGAGCAAAUCUCAGUUGUCGGUACUGGUGCAGUCUUCUGAGACACCUUAGGGUGCAGAGGCAGAAAAAUAUCUCACUGUUAGGUGAACUUUCACUUGAGGGAGGUCGGCCUCGAUAUGCUUGGAGCAUGGACAACACACGACGAGUUUCUAAGGAUUAAAGUUUCUUUCGGCUAUGUGGUGACUACCAAAGAGAGCCUGCUUCUCACUGCGAGGUUCCGAAGAUAACAGCUGUGGAUCUGAUAUCAGGGACCUGGAGCGAUAUGCCACGGGGUAAAUUCGAGAUCUUGUCCUGGAGGUCUCCCAUACCACCGUACUACAGCUACGUGUGUUCUUGUGAGCUUGUGCCGCAGGAAGUACACCAGGAAAUAGAGUAGUAGAGGUGGUAUUUUUUUCCGCUUUGAGCAGUCCGGUUGUAAUUGUCAUUAAGCCAGUAUAUUGAUCCUUAAUUUUCCGUUGUGUUACUCUUCGUCUCGAUAAAUCCUUGAAACCGAAUCUACUCCCUGCUUUCUUUUUUGUAAGACGUGUUUGGCAAGCCAAUUAACCCUGUCAAAACGUCUUGUAAAAAGGCACACAGGUUGUAGUUGAUAUUUUUCCAGACUAUUUUUAAUUAAAUGAACUGUUUAUUUAGUCAAAUGCGAGAUGUAUAAUUCAAUGAGCUUUUGUGGUUUGUGA